CUUAAUUUCGUACCGCUACCGUUUUCUCAGAGUCCUACGACACCACGUGUUAUUUGCUUUUUGAUCGUCAUUCAUUUUGUGUUUGUGUGCAGCACCUACGCCUCCUACGCAGCCAGAAAGAUUUAUUCUGUGAUACCAGCCAGCCGGCGUGCAUAGGCCCUGUGCCAAGACUCUCGACUCCAUUGCGCGUGCGGAAUCUUUACAGGGUCUCUCUACUGCCGAGUCCUAGAAGAGCUACCAUCGGCCAUUCGUCAUACAUCAACCAGGGGCGAAAUCCCUAUUUCGACGAGGACUCUCACUACUCUCGCGUGAUGAUUUAAGCUUAUAUGCUCCAACGUUCCUGCCCAGUAACUCGCUCAAAUCGAACGCGCAAUACGACACGAUAAGAAAUCUGCGAACCCAAGCACUCCUUGCAAAUGGGAGACGAGACGAUGGCCACCACGAAGAACGGCUUUGUGGUGGAGGGACCUAGUCGUCCUGUUGUGACGGUCGACAGCAGACCCAGGCAACGGAAAAGGAACACUAUUAGGUGGACGAUAGGGCUGGUGGUCCGACUCUGUAUAUGGUAUGCGCUCUUGACGCCAUUCUUUCGCUGUCCAUCUCAGCUCUCCGACCUGGAUGGGACCUCGCCCCGAGUUUGCAAACCGUACCUAAUUGCUCGAUCGCACCUCGAGCCUCAUAUAACCCCGUAUUAUAAUGCGUACGGUGCGCCAUAUGUCGAGAUGGCCCGUCCGUACGUGCACAUCGUCAACGAAAAAGUCUAUACGCCCACGUCUCGCGUCGUUCGACGCGGCUAUGAAACUUAUGGUGUACCAGCAUUGAACAAGGCUCAAUCGUACGGCCAGGAUCAAUGGGAGGCGCGAGUGGUCCCACAUUUGAAUGCGGUCAAGGACAAGACGAACACGCUGUACCUGUCGGAAGUCUACCCAUAUGUGCAGCGUGCCGAGGAACUCGUCCUGCCGCCGUAUAGGAAGGCUAGUGGCGCGGUCCGAUCUGCUUGCGUCGAUUAUCUUCUACCCUUUGGUGCCAAGUACCAGCCAUAUAUCGGAAAGACAUUCACCUCGGGGCAGGAUAUCCUUACUACCACGAUUCUGCCCAAUGCGCAGAACUCCUGGUCUACUACUAUUCAGUUUAUCAAGGGAACUCUAUGGCCUAGGAUCGCCAGUCUCUACUGGGAGAAUGUAGAACCCCAACUCGUCAAAAUUGGCGAGAGACUGGCCAGUUACCGUGAGGGAAAGGGGCCUCGGAAUGUCGUGGAUGAAGCCAAUGCGAGUUUCCCGGAUCAGUCGGUUCUUGCUUCUUCGGUCUCAGGCACCACAUCUCUGAGAACCACACAAUACGAGACUGCUACCGCGUCAUCCACAACCGUGGUACCUCCGCCGCAACCUACGCUUUCAGCCGAGGAACAGAAAGCCCAGAGACGCGAGAGAGUCGAGAGCGACCUACACGCUUGGCAAGAAAAGUUCGCCGUCGCUUCUAAGAAUGGCCUUGAAAGCCUCGAGGAGCUCUUGCAGGAGGUCGUCUCUGAUUAUCUUUCCAAAGAAAAUGUGGCGUAUGGCGAAGAAUUGGUCACAGGGCUAGAGGCGGUUGUGGAGAACGAGAUCAUCGCACUCAAGCAUCAUAUAAACACCCUGGCUGAAUCUCUGCCCUACGAAGAAAUACCCAAAGCUGAAAAGGCUGCUCAAGAGGAGCUGUUGAGAAACGUCAAAGAAGCCGCAAUCUCCAUCCGAGGCCGUGCUCACGCCCUCAGGGAAUGGCGCAACGCGUUCGAGAAUGAGCUCAUGCACCGCGUUCAUAUCGCAGUCAACUCUACCCUCGAGGUUCUCGAUAACGUUCGUGAUCUCGGGUUUCAAGAGGUGGGCAUCCGCUGGGCGUCGAUGGAUGGUGUUACCUACAAAGACUGGGCCAGAUACCACGCCCUCAAAGCAGAAAUGGAGGAUUGGAAAGAUCAAUUUAUCGCCUUUGGAACUAAACAUGCUAAGGUCGAAGAAGCGGUCUUAGCCGCAGAGGAGACACUGUCACGAGGAAUGAUUGUGGCUGAGAAUGCGGCGAAGGAGCUUGCGAGAUUGAGGGAAGUCGGCAGAUGGAAGAUUUCGGCUCGCGAGGCGAGCGACAACUUUGAUACGAGAUCCGAGCCCCCACCAUCACUUCCAGAGCCUGCCAUUCCCGAAGAAGACACUGCUGAUGAGAUCAGUCUGGACGAGGUACCCCAGGCAAGCCCCGAGACUUUUGCGAACCACGGUGCUUCCGCGGAGUUCACCGCCGAGCAACUGGAUAAUCCGGCCGACGUCGCCGGCACUAGCAACCUCGAUGCAUCCGACCAGGCGGCAUGGGGCGUGGCUGCAGCGGUUCUCUCUUCCCAGAAAGCCAAGGCAGGUCACCUGGGCUCCGACGAGCAGGAGGCUAUCGAGAAACUCAUUUCGGGGCUGCUUGUCGGCAAGGAUGUUGAGUUCGCCGAAGAUAUCAUGAAACAACUCCGCGCCAUAUACAAGACACCGAGACCAUCUGAGGCCUCAUCCUCGGUAUCAUCCUCGUCAUCGACCUUGGCAGCACCUUCGAUAUCAAUCAGCGUCGUUGACGAUGUUUCGACUACGCCAGCAGCCAUUCCAGUCGACGAGACUACUACUCCCACUUCUGUGGUGACCGAAGAAAUUGCUUCCGAACCGACUGUUGCACAUGCCGCACCCGACGUGCCAGACCCAGCGCAUGAACAGCAAGAAUCCCCCGAAGCCUCUGAGGAUGUAGAAGCAGCUAUGGAGAGUGCGGAGUCACAAUAUGUCAGCCUGACCUCCCGUGCAAGUGACUUCGAACCCGUCGCAGUUGAGACUGGUGUGGAUGCCUCGGAUGAACAGACCGAAAGCAUGGAAGAUGACGUUGAGGCCGAGUUAUGAAGACCAUGACCCACACGAUCUCUACUGUCGCUUGACAGUAUUGGGUAUUCUGUUUCUUGCUUUUCAUCUGUGCUUGAUAUCCUUAUGUUUCCAUCUUUUCUAUUCCUGACCUUCACAUCUUGUCGGAUCGUGAGCUUGAAUAUUCCCCACAUAGUUCCUACGAUUGUACGUCACGACCAAUAUAUCGAUUCCU